AUAAGCAACGUUUCAAAAUGUCUACUAUUAUCGAGAAUUUUUUACAUUUUCAUUGUUCUUCUAUUAACAGUAUUCUUUUCCUUUACAAUGAUAUUAUGAGAAAUAUAAUAAUAGUGUAAUAAUAAUGAAUAAAUCAGGUGUAUGUGAAAUUCAUUAGACAAAAAAUCUUAUAAUAAUUUAUUUAAAUGUCCCAUUAGAUAACUAAUGAAAGUUAAAUAAGAAGUUUGACAUAACUUCUACAGCUUGUAAAAAAAGCAGGAUAAUCUCUAAGUACUGGCACGUGAUUACGUGAGGAGUCAUUAAUUACAUAACGUCAGUUGAUAAAUUUAAAGAGUGGAAAUAAAAAUAUUGUUUUUCGCGAAAGCACGUGAAUUGACAGGACUCAAGGAAUGUAAAAUUAUUGUCCCAAGAAAAUUAUCUUACACAGAACUUUUGGAUACAAUAGUAGCAUCAUUUCAUUUUGAAAAUAUACGUGAUACACUAAUACUAGCUGUGAACGAGGAAUUUGUUUCUCAAGAUUCUAUUUUAGAAUUAUCAGAGAAAAACGAAAUUGCUGUCAUUCCACCACUUAGUGGAGGUUAACAUGGGUACUGGAAAAGAUUUUGUCAGGUUAGAACAGAAAGUAUUAAAUGUUGGAGAAAUAGUUAAUUUAAUAGUUUCGCCUAAAUGUGGUGCAAUAUCUACUUUCGUAGGAACUACGCGUGAUAAUUUUGAAAAUAAAAAGGUUAUAAAACUAGAGUAUGAAGCUUAUGAACCUAUGGCAUUAAAAGAAAUGAAUAAUAUAUGUGCUAAAAUACGUUCACAAUGGAAUAUAGAGCAUAUCGCUAUAUAUCAUCGUCUUGGCGAAGUACCAGUGACUGAAGCUAGUGUGGUUAUAGCAGUUUCUUCUCCUCAUAGACAAGAAUCGCUUAGAGCUGUAGAAUAUGCUAUUAAUACAUUGAAAGCCUCAGUUCCUAUAUGGAAGAAAGAGAUAUAUGAUAUUGAAGAGCCUAAAUGGAAGGAAAAUAAAGAAUGUAUCUGGUCUAAUAAUACUGUUGUAUGUAAUGAAACAAUAGAAAAAUGGAAGGAUUCGUCUAAAAGUUCAUGUUCAAAUGAAAAAGGUUCUUUGGAAGAUGUAGAAAUGCCAGUAGAAGAGCCUGUUUUAUUUGAUCCAAACCUUGUACAAAUUAGAGCAAGCUCAGAUGAACUUAAACAUAGAAUAGAAUCUUUCAUUCAAAGAAAACGUCAACAAGUGAAUUUAGUAAACGUACAAGAAUUCUGUUGUUACAGAGAGCAGUGUAAUGAAAAACAAAAUUCUUGUGCAAGAGUGGAUGCUAUUUUGAUUAGAAGAAAAGAUUCUAAAAGUCAUGUUAAAGUACAUAGGGUAUUGAAUGCAUGGGGACCUCAAACGGUUGACCAAUCAAGUCUACAUAAAGCUACUAAUCAUACGACAAACCAGAGCAAUAAUAACUACUCUUCCGUAUUAGACGACCGAAUAUCUACUGCUGAAAAAAUGUUAGGCAUAAUAAAGCCUGUUUCUCGAGAUAUCUAUGAAAGACUUAAAAAUAUCGAAAAUAGGAUAUUAUUUUUAGAAGGAGUAUCUCCAGAGUAUAAAGAUUUUUGGGUAACAGAGGAUAUAGACAAUUUAACACAGAAUAUGAAACCAGUCAGAAAAAGGACAUAUUCUAUGGCGGAACUCGAUUCAAAAUUGCACGAAUUAGAAAAUAAGUAUGCAAAAACAAUAAAAUAACAUUUAUGAGAUGAUCUAUAUAAAAAAAAAAUCGAAUUUAUUUUAUUAUUAUAUUAAAUUAUACCAAUAAGAAAAAUGAAGUAUUAUUGUUUUCUAAAUAAAACGUUUAACAUCUUUCUGAA